AUGUCGGCCGGGGUGGAGUGGACCCACGUGUCAGAAAGGCGAGUAGAAAAUAUUGUGUACAAAGCAACAAAAGUGGACUCAAGUAGUGAAUUAUCAGCGUCUAACAGUGACAACCUGGCCUUUGACGGGAAUCUAUCCUCUGUAUUUCGUUCUGCAAUCGAGGCUAACCCGUCCGUGACAGUAAGAGCAACGAGCUCGAGAUAUCCCAUUCAAACCAUCAAGAUAUACAAUGGAGCUAGAGACCUAAAUGACCUAUCCGGUUUCAAGAUCUACGUUAGCGAGUCGUCUGAUUUCAUUAACUCCAAACUGUGCUACAGAGAUAACACGGCUAUAGGAAAAUCACAGUACGUCAUCAACUGUACACAGCCUUUGUCUGGUCCUUACAUCAAACUGCUCGUCCCCAAGACCACGAGCCUUGCCAUCCGCGAAAUGGAAGUAUACAGAUGUGGAGAAUACUGGUUCGGAAGCGAGUGUGAUCGUCUGUGUAACUGUCGGUAUAACUACGAGUCGUGUAACGGGGUAACAGGGGCGUGCCGGCGCGGAUGCCCGGAUGGACGCAACGGAACCGACUGUUAUUCAGAAUGUUCAGCUGGUAGAUUUGGUCAACAAUGUCAGAGUAUCUGUCACUGUAAAAAGGUUACAUCGUGUGACAAAGUGGACGGCACUUGUGACGACCAGGGCUGUGCUGCCGGGUUCAAGGGAGACAACUGUCAGCGAGCCUGCAGUUAUGGAGAGUUUGGAGAAGGCUGUGAAGGAAAGUGUCACUGUUACCCGGUCAACAAUUGUGACAAGGAGACUGGACAGUGUGCGGGGGAUUGCCAAGCGGGAUUCAAGGGAUACAAUUGUCAGCAAGAUUGCGAGAUCGGAAAAUAUGGGAGGAACUGCGCAGGAGUUUGUCACUGCAAAAACCUGACCUCGUGUAACAAAGUGGACGGAAGAUGUGAUGCACUGGGCUGUGAAGCAGGGUACAAGGGAUCAUAUUGUAACAUAGAAUGUUCAUCUGGAUGGUUCGGAGAAAAAUGUCAGAACAGAUGUCAUUGUAAAAACAGAGCCUCAUGUAACCAUGCCAACGGAACAUGUGACACACAGGGAUGCACUAAUGGAUAUAAAGGAGACAGCUGCCAAGAAGAAUGCGAGACCGGAAGUUACGGGAGGAACUGUGAAAGAGUUUGUCACUGUAAGAACCCGGCUUCCUGUAACAAGGUGAACGGGCGAUGUGGCACACAGGGAUGUGAAGCGGGGUACCAAUGGCCAUCUUGUGAUAGAGAAUGUACGACUGGCCGGUUUGGAGAGCAAUGUUCGUAUAUAUGUCACUGUAAGCACGCCAUCUCGUGUAACCACAUCAACGGAACAUGUGACGAUGGUGGCUGCGCUGCUGGAUACAAGGGAGAUAAUUGUCAAGAAGUUUCAGGAUCCACACCAAACGUUCAUACCCCAGAGCCGAAUAAAAACGAAUGUACGACUGGCCGGUUCGGAGAGCAAUGUUCGUAUAUAUGUCACUGUAAGCACGCCAUCUCGUGUAACCGCAUCAACGGAACAUGUGACGAUGGUGGCUGCGCUGCUGGAUACAAGGGAGAUAAUUGUCAAGAAGUUUCAGGAUCCGCACUAAAUGUUCAUACCCCAGAGCCGAAUAAAAACGAGACGGCUGGUAUCAAAGGGAGGCCUGAAUCAAACAAAGCUUCAUCCACUGGUCUUCUGGCGGGAGUGUGUGUGCUGGCGGGGAUUUCCCUCGUGCUGAUGAUCUAUGCUGUUAUCUCCACUGUCAAGGGACGGCGCUGGUACAUAAGAUUUCAACAAGAGAUCAAGUCACAUUAUGAUUCCGCCCAGGUGCCACGAGGAGAAAGAAGCUCAGAGAUCUACGAAAAUAUGAAUUAGGAUCAUUCGGAUUUUAUGACUGAUCUGAACCGGCGCCUAGGGUCUGCACUAAAGUGUACAUUUAGUAAUUUGGGGAAAGCCAGCCAAGGUGAUGAAAUUCUAACAUAAUUAGAGUUUCCUGCGAACAAGCCAUCCCUGAGAAAUGUUUGCUCGAAAAUAUUUGAUUAACCAGAGUAUAUAUCUUACGGAAAUAUAUUAUUGAGAUACGAAAGUUUUUAUCUCGGGUUUCUGCACACUUAUAUAUAUGUUUGACUAUUUCGUUUGUCAGCCAUUUUUUUUUUCAUUCUCAAGAAAACAUAUGCAUAGCUUUAACCACGUAAGAAAAUGAACUCGUCCUACGAUCUGUCUUACGAAGUUUUGGCAAACUACGCUUAGCAUAAUUUCCAUGACAACGUACAGUGAAGACAGCACUUUUGCAGGUCAGUUUUGUAGAAAAUAUAAAGACGGUAACAUAAAUGCAACAUAAAGUAAAGAAGUCUUAUUAUCGUUCUAUAUUUCAACUACCCUGGUUGUGCCACAAUCCAGAAAUCAUGUAUCAGUUGCCAAAAUAUAAUUGGAUAUCACGGCUUCAAUAUUCGGAGUUGCAUUUCCUUCCAUUUUAUACAGGUAAGAAACACGUGGCCAUGCAAAUUGGGCUUUACAUCCAUGAGUGCGUUUUCCAAAGCUGACGAAACUGUGCGUCAAGCGCAUUUACCAUAGUGAUGUAUACAAUGGUGUAGUAAACGUUGUCAUGGAAGUUACGCCAGGUAAAAAAAUUACGACAGAUUUGUAAAACGGUAUGCUGUACAAAUUUCAAGAGACAGUGCUGCCUAACUGUUUAAACAGUGACCGUUUGGCAGUCAGUCAGUGUUGUUCGUAUAUGUGCGGAACAUACAGAGGUGAUGAAAUUGUUUGUCACUCAGUUUUAUUGUGUGAAAUUUAAUGUUUUGUCAGUGUGGUAACUAGAUUGUGAAAUGCGCCUUUACAUCUUAUGCUAUCUUGUACCUGCUAAUCUGUAUAUAAAUAUGUAUAAAUAUAUUUACAUGAAGUUAUAAAAGAACGCUUUACU